AUGCCCACCCGCGAUGCCCAUCUGCAGCUCCAGAAGUGGGCCCAAGAGUACGGGCCCGUCUACAGCCUGAUUCUAGGGACCAAACCCCUGAUCGUCCUGUCAAGCGAUCAGGCUGUCAAAGCCCUGUUGGAUAAGCGGAGUGCGUUGUACUCGCACCGACAGGAGAUGUACAUCGGCCAAACGCUAUGCAGCGGAGGCCUUCGCAUGCUUAUGAUGUGCGCUGGUAGCGCUGACCCACGCAGGGAUACACCCCAGUCUGGCGAGGAAUUCCAGUUUCGAAAAAUGGUCCAUGGUCUCCUCAAUGUGACCGCUGCCAAAUCCUAUGUUCCCUACCAGAUGCUCGAGAACAAACAGAUGAUGUACGAGUUUCUCACGCAGCCCGAGCGGUUCCUCUACAGCAUUCGUCGCUACUCCAAUGCUCUGACCACCACGAUGGUCUUUGGGUGGCGCACGCCGACCUACGAGGACGCGAAAAUGAAACAGCUUUUUGACGGCUUCUCGGAGUUCGCCGAGAUCAACCAGACGGGAACAGCAGCCCUCAUUGAUUUCUUCCCGUGGCUAAGAAUGCUGCCGGACUUUCUGCUCCCGACGCAGAAGCGGGCCAAGGAACUUCACGAGCGCGAAAAGGCUCUGUACCUGGGCCACUAUCUGCGAGCCAAACAGGAUAUCCGUGACGGACAGAUUAAGCCUUGCUUUUGCGUCGGUCUGGCCGAGGCCCAAAAGUCGGACGGAUUCAGUGACGACCAGGCUGCGUACAUCUCCGGGACGUUGUUGGAGGCCGGGUCCGACACCACGUCGAAUACUCUGUAUGCGUUCGUGCAGGCGAUGCUACUUUUCCCUGACGUGCAACGCAAGCUUCAAGAGGAGAUUGACCGCGUUGUGGGACCCCGCAUGCCGACCAUGGACGAUGAGCAGGACCUGCAGUACGUUCGCGCCUGCAUGAAAGAGACCCUGCGCUGGAUGCCGACCACCAUUCUCGGCGCGGUACCGCAUGCCGUGACACAGGAUGAUGAGUACAUGGGUUAUCUUAUCCCCAAGGGUGCUGGUGUCGUGAACAACGUGUGGGCCAUCCACAUGGACGAGAAGCGCCACCCCAACCCGCGGGUGUUCAACCCAGAUCGGUACAAGGACGAUCGCCAAUCCUUGGCUGAAGCAGCCGCCAACCCUGAUGCCACCAAGCGCGAUCAGUUCACGUUUGGUGCUGGCCGCCGGAUUUGCCCUGGAAUCCACAUUGCCGAGCGCAGCCUGUUCUUGGGAAUCUCGCGCAUGAUGUGGGCUUUCAACGUGGAGCCUGCGGUGGAUGAAAAGGGGCAGCCUAUCUUGCCUGACCCAGACCGGUUGACGCAGGGGUUUGUCUGUAUGCCAGAGGAGUUCCCUGCUCGUAUCACGCCACGGUCGCAGGCCAAGGCGGACAUGGUCAUCAAGGAAUGGAAGGAGGCAGAGCAGCAAUGCUUGGAUCCAGAAACUAAGCAGUGGUUGCUCUCUCCAGUGCAAUGA